AUGCCAGAAUUCGCCCCAUUAAAAAAUGAUCUUUUGUUGAGAGCGGCCAAGGGAGAAAAAGUUGAAAGACCGCCCAUUUGGAUUAUGCGUCAAGCAGGUCGAUACUUACCAGAGUAUCAUGAAGUUAAGGGAAAUAAGAAUUUUUUUGAAGCAUGUCAAGAUGCUGAAACUGCUUCUACCAUCACGAUUCAACCUGUUGACCAUUUUGAUGGAUUGAUAGAUGCAGCAAUUAUAUUUAGUGAUAUAUUGGUUAUACCUCAAGCUAUGGGAUUUGAAAUAAAUAUGGUUGAUGGGAAGGGUCCAGUCUUUGAGUCCCCGUUAAGACACCCAGACGACUUAUCAAGAAUUGAUCUUCAUCCAGAUGUGAAAGUUAAACUAAAAUGGGCUUAUGAAGCAAUUACGUUAACUAGAACUAAGUUGAAUGGAAGAGUGCCGUUAUUAGGAUUUGUUGGAGCUCCAUGGACAUUAUUAGUAUAUAUGACUGAAGGACAAGGAUCGAAAAUGUUCAGAUUUGCGAAACAAUGGAUUUUUGAAUAUCCUGAAGCUGCCCAUAAACUAUUACAAGCUACUUGUGAAGCAUGUAUAGAGUUCUUAGCUCAACAAGUCGUUGCCGGAGCACAAAUGUUACAAGUUUUUGAAUCUUGGGCUGGAGAAUUAGGUCCAGAUGAUUUCAAUGAAUUCUCAUUGCCAUACUUAAGGUUAAUUGCAUAUAAAUUGCCAAAAAGAUUAAAAGAGUUGGGUAUCGAAGAUAAAAUACCUUUGACGGUAUUUGCUAAAGGAGCAUGGUAUGCAUUAGAUGACUUAUGUAAUUCAGGAUACGAUUGUGUAUCGCUUGAUUGGUUAUACGAUCCAGAAGAAGCAAGAAAAGUUGUAGGAGAUAGAAGAAUAACUUUACAAGGAAAUUUAGACCCUGGUGUUAUGUAUGGAAGUGAUGAAUUGAUUGAUAGAAAAGUUGAAACAAUGAUUAAAAAAUUCGGAACUCAAAACUACAUAAUAAAUUUUGGACAUGGUACUCAUCCAUUUAUGAAACCUGAGAAGAUUGAAUAUUUUUUGAAACAAUGUCAUAAAUAUGGUUUAAAAUAUUAG